UAUCGUAAGUUAUAUAAUAUAUUGCAGCAUUAUGUACAUGUAUGUACUUUGCAGGAGAAAGGCAUUAAUCUGACCCACAUUGAGUCCCGUCCAUCACGCAACAACAAAGAAGAAUACGAGUUCUUCAUCAGUGUGGAUCAAGCCUCUUCUAAUGCUCUGGACGAGGUUGUUGACGGUCUGCGCACGCAAAUCACUGGCCAAGUUCAUGAGCUGUCUCGCAACAAACAGAAGGACACAGUUCCAUGGUUCCCAAAUGACAUCCAGGACUUGGACCGUUUUGCCAAUCAGAUUCUCAGUUAUGGGUCCGAGCUGGAUUCAGACCAUCCUGGCUUUACUGACCCCAUGUACCGUGCCAGAAGAAAGGAAUUUGCUGACAUUGCCUACAACUACAGACAUGGACAGGUUAUUCCACGUGUGGAAUAUACCGCUGAAGAGAAGGCCACAUGGGGAACAGUUUUCAGAGAGCUGAAGACUCUGUACGCAACGCAUGCCUGUCAUGAACACAACCGUGUUUUUCCACUUCUGGAGAAGUACUGUGGAUACCAUGAGGACAACAUCCCGCAGCUAGAGGACAUCUCACACUACCUGCAGACAUGCACAGGUUUCCGUCUGCGUCCUGUGGCCGGUCUGCUCUCCUCGCGUGACUUCUUAGCUGGGCUCGCCUUCCGAGUGUUUCACUCGACACAGUACAUUCGCCAUAGCUCCAAACCCAUGUACACACCUGAACCGGACAUCUGUCAUGAGCUACUGGGCCAUGUCCCACUGUUUGCUGACCCAGGCUUUGCCCAGUUCUCACAG